CGGUGUCAAGCACAAUAUGGACUUCACGAUGCUGCGACUCUGAUCAAUGCAUCCCUGAAACAGCUGCUUUACCAGAUCUUCAUAAAAAUGGCCUGGCAUGCUGUGCAGGGCAAGGCUUGGGGUGCAGCUCAAUUGUGAAAUGUAUUGGAAUUGAAGAGUUCUGCUUCACUUUAGAUGAUGGCAUCAGCAUCCGGCAGGGAUGUGCAUCACAGGGCGUGUGUGACAAUUCAACAACUGCCCGACAUCUGUUGGAGUUGAAUAAUGGCUACAAAAUGAACUGCUGCCAAGGGCUUCUGUGCAAUAAACCCAGUAACAUCGUGGGUUGUAUUCACUGCAGAGCGCAGACUCCCUGGGAUAUCUGCAAAAGCGACUAUCUGAGCAUCGUCCCUUGUAAUUCUCAGACCUCAGCCUGUGGUGUUGUGCAGUUUAAUUCUACCUCGCCAAAUUUCUUUAGGGAUUGCCUGCCUGUAGACACAUGCAAUGCAACAGCAUCAUUUAGCUUUUCAACAUCAACCUCAUUCAACAUCACGUGGAGCCCCAGUUGUUGCAGCACUGACCUCUGCAAUGCUGGCAAUGUUUCAGUCGUUCCCUUUGAUGCGCCAAAUGGGCUGAUGUGCUGCACUGGGCAAGACAUGGAGUGCCGGCAAAUCACAAGCUGUGCAGGGAGUGAGAACUACUGUCACACAACAGUUUUCAAUGGCGUCAGGACAAUGGGGUGCACAUCAAGAAGUGUCUGUGAUAAUCCAUCUCUUCUCGACUUUUAUAUAUCUUCAACUUCACAGAUUGACUGCUGUCAAGGCUUCCUGUGCAAUAAACAGAAUUACACAGUUGUUUGCAAUCAGUGUGAUGCUUCCACCUGGGACGCGUGUUCAAGUGCCAUCAUUUCGUGUGGGUUUCAGUCAACCUCUUGCGGAGUCGCAGUCGCUCAGUUUUACAACGGUGAUGUACUCAGCCGUCAGACUGCCACCAGAUACUGCGCUGCACCUGAAACUUGUAACGUAAUGUUGUCCCUAAACUUAGGGACAGGAGUUCAGAUUUGGACCUCGCAGUGCUGUGACACCGAUUACUGCAAUGCUGAAAACAGUAAGGGGGUGUGA